AUGGCAUCAAAACUUACCAUUUUAAGACAAAUAAUAUCUGAAUUAAGACAUGCUUUACCAAAAGAUAAGAUCAAAGAUGACUUAACUGUUCAGUACAUAUUAAAUCAGUACAGGAAAUAUCUAGUAACAGGAGAACAACUUUGCAAAGCUAGAGAAGAAAUGCAAUUUAUAGCAAACACUUAUUUGUGUUACUUGAGAAGUACAAGGUUGAGUAAAGAAAUUCAACAAGAAUUUCAUGGAAAAGGAGAAAGAACUGUGGAAGAUACUGCAAAAUUAGUUGGAUUCAAAUUGCCGCAUGAUCCGAAAUAG